CAGUAAAACGUCAUUUUGACAAGUGGUUCAGAUCAAAAAAAAAUGUUUUCUUCAUUUUCCUGUUACUUACUUAUAAGUUUAAAUCAUUUCCACUGAAACUAGUUACUUCUAUAACGACCCUAAUGAAUCUCAUAACUUAAAAAGCAAAAAACCCCGGUUUAAAUUAAAUAUACCGCUUUAAAAAGACGUUCGGACUUGAGCACAUAAUACCUCACUUCCUGUUUAAAAUCCACAGUGGGUGUGUUUAUUCAAUAAGCCCUAAUGCGUUUGUUAACGUUAUAAUAACCGCCCCCCUAGACUCUCUCUGGUCUAAAUUGGGUUUUACCAUGGCCGAAGAUGGUAUCGAUUUGGUUAGAGAAGUUUUAGUUGAUGUCCAACUGAGCCAGUUUUUUGUCCCCGUAAGGGACGACUUGCAGUUGACUAAACUGGAACAUUUUGAACAUGCACGACCAGAGGAUUUGGAGAAAAUCGGAAUUAGUAAACCAGGGGCCAGAAGGUUACUGGAGGCAGUAAAGAAGAAAAGGGCCCAAAUUAAAAAGAGGAAUUUAAUAAACAAAUUGAUACCAGUGGGAAAUAGAAAUAAUACAGUGACGAAAAAGAGUGAGGAGGAUGCAAGUUUGGUGGAUUUCACCUCCUGUUUGAUUCAAGAGAGUAAUAUUUGUCUGAGUGUUAAAUUGGGCGACGGAAGCUUCGGUGUGGUCAGAAGAGGAGAAUGGACGAAUCCCGCGGGAAAAUCGGUCCCGGUGGCGGUAAAAGUGCUAAAAGCGGACGCCCUCAAUCAACCGGGGGUGUUCGAGGAUUUUAUAAAAGAGGUGCAGGCCAUGCACUGUCUGAGUCAUCCGAACCUAAUAAGGCUUUAUGGGGUGGUUUUGUCCCAGCCCAUGAUGAUGGUCACGGAACUAGCCCCGUUGGGUUCCUUACUGGACUUUUUGAGGAAACAGUGUCAGCACACUCCCGUGCCCAUGUUGUGCGAGUAUGCCACCCAGGUGGCCACCGGCAUGGCUUACUUGGAACAGAAGAGGUUUUUGCAUAGGGAUCUUGCAUGUCGGAAUGUCCUUUUGGCUUCAGUCGAUAAGCUAAAAAUCGGGGAUUUCGGCUUGAUGCGAGCCCUACCGCAAGAAGACGACUGCUACGUAAUGACCGAACACAAGAAGGUCCCUUUCCCAUGGUGUGCCCCGGAAUCCCUACGCUCCCGUCAAUUCUCCCACGCGUCGGACGCCUGGAUGUUCGGCGUCACCGUAUGGGAAAUGUUCACUUUCGGCGAGGACCCCUGGAUGGGUCUGAUCGGUUCCGAAAUACUGCGGAAGAUUGACAGGGAGGGUGAACGGUUGGCGCGACCCGAGGCCUGUCCGCCGCCCAUUUACGCCACCCUGUUACGGUGUUGGGCGCGGAACCCACAGGAACGACCCUCGUUUGCCGCCCUCAAGGAGUUUCUCCGGAAAAACGCCGCCCCCGUGAUGAAGUCCCUCGGGGAGCAGGACGAACCGGGCAGGUUGGGGGUGCGGGAGGGCGACGAGAUCGCCAUUAUAGAGGGCAGCGCCGAGUUGUACUGGUGGAGGGGCCAGAACCAGAGGACUUUUGAUAUCGGAGCGUUUCCCAGAUGCCUAGUGGACCCGUUGCGCCCCAAACAGCCCGAGGACAUCAGCAAACCGCUGGACCACUCGUUCAUUCACACGGGCCACGGGUCGGCUUUCGGGGAGAGUUGGGGCAGCCCCGCUCAGAUCGACGACAUGUACCUUAAAAACCCGAUGGAGCCCCCCGACUUGAUGGGGGGCGGAGUCGUGCAUCGAAGCGCGACCUCGAAGCCGCGUUCGAACGUCGUGCGGAGUCUUAAUGUGGGGCCCUUGAAGCAGGCGCAGGUGGAGAGACAGUUCAACUAUAAGAAGUUGAGGGAGGAGGAGGUGAAGGGCGGGAGGCCCCAGAGGCCGCCCCAGCCCCCCGUGUUGGUCGACGUGACGCCCCCCGAGGGGCGGGAUUUCGUGUUGAGGCGGCAGCAGGACGCCGCCCCCGUUAGUUUAUUGGACGAGCCGAUUGACGUGCCCCAGGAGGGCGGUUUUAACGAUCCAGUGUUGCCAAGUGCCUCGCCGCCCCCGCCUUACAACAACCCGCCCGCCUACUACAACACCGCCUCCCUGGCCAAUCCCUCGGAGGAUCCUUUUGACACUUCCAAGGUGUUGGCGGAAGUGAGCCGCCCCUUUUACUCACCCCCCGUGCCGCCCCCUAUGAUGAACCAAAGCGACGACCUCGAGCGCGAAAUUAUGCGGAAAAUUCAAACGUACGGCGGGGCCAAGGGCGCGUUUAAUGUGCAGGGGGACAUUUCGAAUCGCGGUUUGAACUACAAUUUGGGGUCGAAAAAGGCGGCAACGUCGCCCCCGAAAAAGGACGCGGCCGCCGUUAUUAGUGCGGAAACUUUGGCAGCGGUGGCGAACGAUUUGGCAACGUUGUCCGUAGGAGGGUCGCCCAGGAAACAGUUGCCGACUGAUGAUCCGGUGAGGAGGGGUGAAGAGUACGCGAGGGUGUGCAAAAGGGGUGGAGAGGCGGAGUCUCACCAAAGAGAGUUUGCCGACUUGGAUGUGUUGUCGGAGUUUCAGAAAGGCACCACGUUCAAAACCAUCUCUGGCCCCCCGUGUGUUGACGGCACCUAUUCGAACCUGAGCAGUUUGUACUUGAAGGGGAGCGACCUCUACUCGACCACUGGCGAAAACUGCACCGACCAACAAAAACCGGACACGACCAAAGCGGUUUUGAACGACAUUUGGAUGAGUAGCGUGGUGACUAACGGCAACGACGCUGUCGUGACGGAGAAGAACGUUAAUAAACGCGUGAAAAACGAGAUUUACGUGGUGAACUCUGAGUUUGGGGAGUUUAAGAGUAACAGGCGGUACGACCCGGUGUACCAGUCGACCAGGAGGGGCGACGGCUAUGGAGCGGUUGACGAGCAAAUCAAUAAUUAUGAUGUUUACCAUAACACCACCACCAGCACCUCUCAAACACAGUUAGUGUACACACCGAACGACCUGUACAGGGCAGGGUCGAACAACGACCCGUACCGCCCGUUGUACCAAGAGAUCGCGGACAAUUUGUACAGUCAGGUACCGGACGAGACCUUAAGGCCCCACAGGCCCGCGCCCCACAUGCCCCCCGCCCCCUCGGGUCAACCGUUGAGCAUGCAACAAGUACAAAGGAAAAUACAACUGGGACAAUUGAGCGCGGACGCGGAACGCCUGAUGACGCCCGAGUACCGGAACAACAAGAUCGCGCGAGUGAGGGAGUGCGUGCCUGAGACGGGGCGCGAGGAGGCCCUGGAGGCGUUGCAACGGUGCGGAUGGGACGUCGCGCUCGCCGUAAAAACGAUCAAAGUGAACGCGUUACUUAAGUUAGAUGUGGCCGAUUAUGAAGCAUGCGAGGCCGCCCUACAAAGGACCAAUUGGAACGUGGAACUGGCCGCGUCCGCCAUUUUGGACACUUAGUUCAUUUUUUUCUCUCUUUAAAUUAUGAUUAAAGGAUUAGUUAGUGCCAAAGAUGGUAUAUGUAUGUAUGUAUGUUAUGGCGAACAAAUCCUCAAAUAGCACACACCAGUGACCUUA